AUGGGCAUAGAGCGCCUUCUUUUCGGAGCGCUGGAGUAUUACUCCAAGCAGCUUCGACUCGGCAGUAGUUACAUGACAGCCCGAGUCUUUCAUAGGACACUAUGUUCUGAGACUUCACUUAACAACGGUGUGUUCACACUUCUCAAUGCUACCAAACUGCCCGGUGGAAUACUUCUUCACACAGGCCGCCAGAUAAGAACUCGUCGCGGCUUCUGCACCUCCACCAAUCCCACCAAAGAUGUCACUUUGUUCGAGCACGACAGGACCGGCUUCUUCCGGCUUCUCUCGAUAUUCUGUGGCGGACAGUUCGUCUUUUGGACCUAUCUGGCUCACUUUGCCUUCACUGGACUUAAAGAAACGCCUGGAUCUAAAGAUAAAUCCAAAGACAAGGUUCCCACCACCACCACGGGGCUGGCUGGUCUUUGGAGCUUCGAGAUGAACCUGGGGUCAAACACUUGGAGUAAAGUGGUUCUACACAAAGGAGGACGGAUGGUGACAGUUUGCACACAGUCUCCUUUGGGACCAGAACAUGGCAGAAAUAUGACAGUUCCCCUGUCCCAGGUGGCCUGUCAUGCCCACAGGCAGGAGUCUCCAUCAUUCAUCCCCCUCAGAGUAAAAGGACACAAGUUCUACUUUCUGCUGGACAAAGAGGGGACAGUGAACAAUGCCCGGCUGUUUGACAUCACUGUUGGUGCAUACAGACCAUUUUAA